UUGGGCGAAUGCGCAACAACUUUGUAAUGGUUACGCUGAACUUUGUAACAAACCUUAUUCCUCCGUAUCAUUUGUAGCAACGCAUAAUUCUUAUGCUUACGGAAACGCUAUUGCGGCAAACCAACAUUACAAUAUUUCAACACAAUUAAAAGAUGGCGUUCGUGUUUUUCUUCUUGCUGUUCUUAAAAACCCAGAUCCAACAAAAUCAGAUAUAGAACUUUGUCAUACUUCUUGUGAAUUAUUGGAUGCAGGAACUGCCGCCGAUACAUUACAAAAUAUUACAGUAUUUUUACAAAAUAAUCCAAAUGAUAUUAUUACAAUCUUUUGGAGAAAUUUUUUUAGUAAUCUUACAGCAGCUAAUUUCAAAACUGCUUUUGAUAAAGCUGGGUUAACUCAGUAUUGUUAUACUCAGCCACUUGGUUCAAGAUGGCCUACAAUGUCUAGUAUUAUUAGUUCAAGAAAACGUGUUAUUAACUUUCUUGAUUCAGGCGCUGAUACUAAUACUGUGCCAUGGUUAAUGCCAGAAUACUCAUAUGUAUUCGAAACUCCGUAUGAUAAUUCUAAUUCUAACGCUUGGCAAUGCACAGUUGACCGUCCUAAAGACCAGCGUCGUCCAAUAUACAUGUUAAAUCAUUUUCUUUACACCGAUGUGAAAUCUGGAUCAUUAGACAUUGAACUUCCAACUCGAAGCACUGCAAAUCUAACAAAUAGUGCUAGUCUUCAAAAACAUGCUCAAAAUUGUACUACUAUUUUUAAUCAAUUCCCAAAUUUUAUUGCUGUGGAUUUUUAUGACCAAGGUAGUCCAAACUUGAAUCCGUUUAGUGUUGUUGCUAAUUAUAAUGGGAUACAAUAUGUACCAACAACCUAUGGUAACGGUAUCUUACCUAACGAUGUAGCAAAAUCAAAUAGUGCUAAAUUUGAUUUACAAAACAGUUUGUUUACCGUUUUUGUUUCUUUAUCAAUCGUUUUUAUUUUUGCUGUUGUUGAAUUGUAA